GCCUGCACCGGGAAAUGGUGCGCGCGCUGGGGGAGGGAGCUCAGGGGUUAAAAGCCAUGGGUCAGAGCUGAACUUUCUAAGCAGCUGGCAGCUGAAGUUGGCCCCUCACUCAGCCUCUCGACCCAGGCCCCGCCCACCCAGCCCACCCCCAAUCCCGGAGCUAUCAUGUGGCCCCUAGUGGCUACCAUCGCUUGCCUGACCUUGGCCUUGUCCGGAGGAAUCUCCCGGGACUACCCAAAGAUUCUCAAUGGUACCAAUGGGACCAGUGGUUUUCUCCCAGGUGGCUACACCUGCCUUCCCCACUCUCAGCCUUGGCAGGCAGCUCUACUGAUCCGUGGACGACUUCUCUGUGGAGGGGUUCUGGUUCACCCCAAAUGGGUACUCACAGCGGCUCACUGCAGGAAAGAUGGAUACACAGUUCACUUAGGCAAGCAUGCCCUGGGGCGUGUGGAGAAAGGUGAGCAGGCAAUGGAAGUGGUCCGCUCCAUCCCCCAUCCUGAAUACCAGGUCAGCCCCACCCACCUGAACCAUGACCAUGACAUCAUGCUUCUGGAGUUGAAGUCUCCAGUCCAGCUCACCAGCCACGUCCAUACUCUGCAACUCUCUGCAGAUGACUGCCUGCCCACUGGUACCUGCUGUCGUGUUUCUGGCUGGGGCACUACCACCAGCCCCCAGGUGAAUUACCCCAAAACCCUGCAGUGUGCCAACAUUGAACUGCGCUCAGACGAGGAAUGCCGGCAGGUGUAUCCUGGGAAGAUCACUGCCAACAUGCUCUGUGCUGGUACCAAAGAAGGGGGAAAGGACUCCUGUGAGGGUGAUUCUGGGGGCCCACUGAUUUGCAAUGGCAAACUCUACGGCAUCAUCUCAUGGGGGGAUUUUCCAUGUGGACAGCCCAACCGACCCGGUGUUUACACACGAGUCUCAAAAUACCUGCGUUGGAUCCACGAGACCAUCAGAAACACUCCGGAGCAGAGAUGGACAAAGAGCACACAAUAAAACUGUGUUCAUUUGCUGCCUCCCUCCCCUGCUGUGCAUCUCUCACUGUGUGCUUCUCCCUUCUCUGUUGCCUCUGCCCUAAGUGCCCCUUUGGAACAACAGACUCAUAUUCACAGUGACAUUUCCUCCACCAGUCUUGGAACACCCCAGUAACUUGAGUGCUCCAAACACCACCCAAGUCCACAGCUAUAUCUUCAUGACCAUAAACUGGCAUUGAUAUCUGCAUAUUCCAAUUCUGUUGGUGCCACUCAGCCCAUCCUGUUCUCAUCUCAGCAGUCUGUCGAUGGACCUUUCCUGACAGGUCCUUGCAACCUCCAAAGACUACCCCUUGACAAUGUAUUUUUAUAUUCAGGAAGGUUCUAGACAUGUGAUAUUUCACUCUGAACGUCUUUCUAGUCCAGAAUCUUCUACCAGGACCAAGUCCUAUGCACGUCAAGGUGAGAGAUAGGUAUUCUACACCCUCUGCCAUAGCUCAUUCCUACUCUGAUAUCCUGACUCAAACUACAUCCCACAUUCUACAAGACCCAGCCCUCAUCAACUCUGCCCAUCUCUGAGUUGCCACCAGCAUAAGAUCAACAGCUCUCUGGUUCCUAUAGUUACAGGCCAAAGGGCCUCCUUCCUAGAUCUUAUCACCCCACAAGUCUCCUGUUAUCUCCUCCAUGAACAUCCUUAUCCAAUAGUCCUUGCUUUCAUAUCUUUGCCUAUGAUCCCACAUCUGCUUAAUGCUAAUCUCUUCUUUGAAUAAGUCAUAAAACUCACAACUUCCUUGC